AUGGUGCAAGUAUCCGUCGCUGGCGCAAGUGGAAACCUGGGAAGCCGCAUCGUCGCGAGCCUCCAGGCGCGUGGUGCUUCCGUCGUGGCCAUCGUCCGCACAGGCAAGACUUCCUCCACCACCUUUCCUCCUACGGUCAAGGUCGUCGAGGCCGACUACGCUUCCGUCUCAUCGCUGCGCGACGCUGUUCGAGGCUCGCAGGUGGUGGUUUCUGCCCUGCAGGGCCUGCGCCCCGUCAUUGUAGAGACGCAGUCGAGGCUCCUCCAGGCCGCUGCCGAGGAGAGCGUACCCCGCUUCAUCCCCUCGGACUAUGCGAUUGAUUUUACCACCUUUGGGCCCGGCCGGAAUCGCAACCUCGAUCUUCGGCGCGAGUUCUGGCAGCAAAUCGACGAGCAGCCCAACAUCCGCGCCACGUCGAUUCUGCCCGGCGCAUUCGCAUUCACCCUGACCAUGCCGUGGUUUGUCGAUGUGGCGCAGGCCAAGGUGCUCUACUGGGGCGACAAUGCCGACGUCGCCAUUGACUACAGCUCGCUGGACAAUGUCGCCGACUACACGGCCCUCGCUGCCCUCGACGAUGACGCGCCCCGCUACCUCCGUGUAGCGAGCACCACGCAGACACCAACUACCCUGGCCGUGGCGCUUAGUCGUCUAACAGGCCGCCAAUUCACGACCAAGAGGGAAGGAAGCCUGGACGAGAUCCGCGGGAAGAUUGCUACGCUGCUCCAGCAGGAUCCAAGCCCAGGCGACAACCUGCGGCCAUACUGGCAAGCAUUGCAGUUUGCCGAGAACAUCUCUUCUGGCUUUGGCGGCACCAAGACGCACGACAAUGACCGAUACGGGAGCCAGGUCAAGUGGGCCACAAUCGAGGAGGUGUUGGCGCCGUUCAAGAGUGCUUUCCUAGCCCGUGCUGGCUGA